AUGGGUUCAGUUAUUGGUACGCAACUGGAUGAGCGACUGAUCUAUCAAGCGACAAAGCAUGUUUUCGUCGGGAAGUACGCUAAAAUACGAAAACGUGGGGUUGUAGAGACAUCGAUUAACAACAACUUACUGGCGGGGAACCCAGUGCAACAAAUCGUUACUGAUCACGGCUAUAACGCUGUCGCUGAGAUAGUGUUGAAGCUACUUUCGGACAAGGUUUAUGAGUCAGCGGCAAUUGCUAGUCAACGCUUUCCCGACCUAUCUCAGCCUUCGUUUGUCCAAACGGCUGUCAACACGCACGUUGAAGCAGAGGCCACUAGGACUGAGCAAGUCGCGCUUGAAGGUGAUGAACUAAGCAACUCAGACAACAGUAGGCAGACCGGUCACACGGAAGAAGAUAUGAAGCCGCUACAGGAUGUCAGUGACGGCACUGCGUGCGACAUUGCUGGAAUACCAUUGUCGUUCCCAGUCUAUCUGCCGUUCCCUACGGAGCAUCUUCUUAUGGAGAAACUUCAAAAGGUCCUGGAAGCUGCCUGUUACGAGUAUGGAUUAAGAGAACUUUCGAGUAUUAUGCAAGAUCGCCACUGGGACUGUCCUAAAGCAGUUGAGCUUAGCCAGUAG